CAGACUUCAAAGUCCAAAAAUGGCGGCCAAGGUAGCUCUCCUCGCGCUCAUUAUAUCAUUCCUCCUGGCCGCUUCUCCGGCCAACUCCGAACGACGGGGGUUCCGCGCCACCAUGAUCCGGAGGGAAACGGCCAUCAACUUCACGCGUGCCGCGCGGCAGUCUCACGAGCGGCUGUCCAUGCUUGCCGCACGGCUCGAUGCCGCCGCAAGCCGGCCAAGCCCGCAGACACCCCUUCGUGUGGAUGCGGACGGCGCAGGCUACGACAUGGAGUUCUCCAUCGGCACGCCGCCGCUGAAACUGUUGGCCCUUGCCGACACCGGCAGCGACCUCAUCUGGACCAAGUGCGGAACUUGCGCGUCCUGCGCGCCGCAGGGCUCCCCUUCCUACUACCCCGACAAAUCAUCCUCUUUCUCCAAGCUUCCGUGUUCCGACUCUCUCUGCAGUGCUCUGCAGUCUGAGUCGUUCGCGACGUGCAGCGCCGGCGGCGCCGAGUGCGACUACCGGUACCCCUAUGGCCUUAGUACUAAUUCGCACCAUUACACACAGGGGUACAUGGGGAGCGAGACCUUCACGCUCGGCAGCGACGUCGUGCCGGGCGUGGGCUUCGGCUGCACCACCAUGUCGGAGGGUAACUAUGGCACGGGCUCUGGCCUCGUUGGGCUUGGCCGCGGGCCGCUGUCCCUCGUCUCCCAGCUCGGCGUCGGUGCAUUCUCGUACUGCCUCACCCCUGACGCCUCCAAGGCGAGCCCUCUCCUUUUCGGCUCCCUCGCCACCUUGACAGGCACCGGCGUCCAGUCCACACCGCUGCUUAUUGGGAUCGACACCUUCUACGUCGUGAACCUGCAGAGCAUCUCGAUCGGUGCGGCGACGACGGCCGGCACUGGAAAUAACGGCAUAGUGUUCGACUCCGGAACGACGUUGACGCUCCUCGCGGACCCGGCCUACUCGGCGGCGAAGACGGCAAUCCUGUCCCAGACGGCACUACCCCGGGUGGCUAACAGGGACGGAUUCGAGGCGUGCUUCCAGUUCUCCAACGGGAGCUCCGUGACUCUACCGCCGAUGGUGCUGAACUUCGACGGGGCCGACAUGAACUUGCCGACGGAGAACUUCUUCAUGGAGGUGGAGCACGGCGUGUUGUGCUGGAUCGUGCAGAAGUCCAGCAGCAUGUCCAUCAUCGGCAACAUCAUGCAGAUGAACUACCACAUACGGUACGACGUCGAGAAUUCGGUGCUUUCGUUCCAGCCGGCCAACUGCGACAGCCUCUGAUGGAACAAGGGAUUGACCUCGGCUAGUCCUCGCAAACUAAAAUGCUCAUCUAUCGAGGAAAAUAGAUAUGCAUUUAUCGUGUGUAAUAAUAAUUUAAUUUUAGGAUGGGGCCCUCAAAUAUGCUCACAGCAGUAGGCAAAAAUAAAAGGACACACUUAACCAUCCACCGGUCGCCAGGGCCCGAAAACUGUAAGCAUCGUAUAAUCCACCAUGCUGUAGUGACUACGUACAGGGGUUCAUUCUCUUCAUCUUAAUAUGUAUUAAGAAACUUAGUAAUGAAGUGAGAUGUUCUGGAAUCAUCAUUAUUUA